AUGACAGUGGAUGUACUGACGGGAAAUGGGUAUGAUGACAAGACAAUGGAUGUACUGACGGGAAAUGGGUAUGAUGAGAAGACAAUGGAUGUACUGACGGGAAAUGGGUGUGAUGACAAGACAAUGGAUGUACUGACAGGAAAUGGGUAUGAUGACAACACAAUGGAUGUACUGACGGGAAAUGGGUAUGAUGACAAGACAAUGGAUGUACUGACGGGAAAUGGGUAUGAUGACAAGACAGUGGAUGUACUGACAGGAAAUGGGUAUAAUGACAAGACAGUGGAUGUACUGACGGGAAAUGGGUAUAAUGACAAGACAAUGGAUGUACUGACAGGAAAUGGGUAUGAUGGCAAGACAGUGGAUGUGCUGACGGGAAAUGGGUAUAAUGACAAGACAGUGGAUGUACUGACGGAAAUGG